AUGGAAGGACGAGACUACAACCAGGGGCUUGGCCUCCACGGCUCCCCCGAUAUUCCAAUGACCCCAUCCACAGAAUGGCAUGCCUCCCGCCAGCUGCCCCGGAAACCGAUCCCCCAAACCCCGACUACGCCGGCGCCGAUCGGCAGCCCGCCGACACCUACCGCGAAAUCCCCUCAACCAUCUUUCUCCGAACGCGCCGCUGCCGGCGCCGCUGCCUACUUUCCGACGACACAGACCUUUGGCAACCAUGGCCAGCACCAACCUCGGCCGCGGCCGUCGCCGCUACAACUAGACUCGUAUGAGUACUCCAACUACACGCCGUCUCAGUCUGAGUUCAGCACGCCAUACACGGGCGGCUUUCCGCCGAAAAAGCAGGUCCGCAUUGACUCGCACUCGGCCCUCUUGUCCUCACCUCCGUACCAGCCCCCGCCGGGCCGGCCAGAGUCAUACACGUAUCACCCACCGGGCCACAUUGCAGUCUAUCAGAAAUGGUGGCAUCCGUCAUGGAACAUGUACUUCUUCCUGUUCGCCGGUAUCGCUUUUGCCAUGGGCCACCACUCCUUCUACAAGCAUCUCGAUGGCUCCGAGGCCACAAAUCAGCUCCGUAUGCUCCGCUACGGUGCCGCUCUCUCCUUCCUUAGCAAAGCCAGUCUUGCAUCAGCUGUGAUCCUCGCCUUCCGACAGCGCGUGUGGAUGACGGUGCGAAGGAAGAUGCUUACCCUGGCAGCAGUUGAUUCCCUCUUUGCCGCAGCGGAAGAUAUGACUGCCAUUUUCAACUUCGAGGUCUUCAAGCAGGCCAGGGUCGCGAUGAUACUCGCCCUGUACAUCUGGUGCACACCCCUCGUAGUCAUUCUUACAUCCGAUACCCUGGGAGUACAGCCAAAGACCACGACUGAAGAAACGACGUGCUCGAACAUUCGCACCCUCAACUUUACCCAAGAAGAGGUCAAUGAUUGGCGCGCUGGUACGAAGAUCAACGACCUUUACGGACUCUCCGUGACAAUCUGGAACACUACCAGCCAAAACCUGACAGACCCAAACUUUUUCGAUUACUGGGCCGGCCCUAGCCUCCAAUGGGAUGAAGUAGCCUUCUCUGCUGCCUUCCAGAAGAAACCCAUCGGACGCCUUGAAACCAGUGACGAGGUUUGUGGCGUAGGCUUCAACUGUUCCUUUAGCAUCAAGUUCAAUGGUCCAGGCUACAAAUGCACAGAACUUGCCAGCGGUGUUAAUUCGCAGGUCCAAGAUCUUCGGAACGCAAAGUGGCCCAGCGAGUAUUUCAAUUUCAGCUCGCUCGCCCCGACAGGAAAUUAUACCUACUACGCCCACGCGUCAGAGGGUGAAUAUGCCAACCCGCAGAUCAACGACACAUCGGAAGGGGGUCUUCCCAAAAUGAAGCCUCCAUUUCCACCUCAUCUCGGCGUCCUACGCACAGAACCCGUCUUGUGGUUUGGUUACGCCUAUGUUGACAAUACCGUCAAGACACAGCCGAACAACUCAGGCGACCCAGGUUGGAACGCCGCCUACACUCCAAAGGCUUUCGGCUGUGAACAUUAUGAGACAGAGUACAACGUUUCUUUCAGCUAUCGAAACCAAAUACAAAGCACAACCGUCAACAGCAGAAAGUUCUUACGCCCCGUCAUCGACACCGUAGUUGAUCGUGGCAAAGAUGCAAACGAUGGUACCGAGGAUAACACCACUGCGAUACCCGAGUCAAACUACAUCAAACCUACCGACCUAUAUCGCUAUAGAAGAGCGAUGGCAUACCACUCCAUGGGUGCCAAACUGCGCUAUUUUGUCAACGGCACGAUCAACCAGCCAUGGUUCAACGCAAAUACAAAGGCAGUCCAGACAAAGCUCAUCGAUCACCACAACUACCUCGGUGUCAGCAAUCUGAUGGAGCAAGUCCAGUCAUUAUACGAAGACAUCAUCAUCUCUCUGUUCAGCAACCCCCGCUUCAUUUCCGUAGUCUGGGCCGAUGACACAACCCAAAGAACGGGAACGAGAACCGAGCCAAAGGGCCUCACCAGCCAAGAGCAGAAAUAUCCCUGCACCCGCGAACGAACCGACAUGCGGUACGACUACCACCAAGGCCAGCUCUGGGCCGUCUACUCCGUCGCCAUCUUCCUCGCCAUCAUCGGCGUCGCGUUCGGCGUGGCGGCGGUCUGGGAAGAGGGCCUGGUCCGCAACACCCGGUUCAGCAGCAUCGUCGCAGCAACCCGCGGCCCCGGCCUCGAGAAGCUGCCCUGGGGGAACACGGUGCCCGGCAGCGACCACCGGCCCGUCGCCGGGGCGAGGGUGGGGUACGGCCUCGUGCCGACGGAUCCGCAUGCCGGCGGCUCGACGUACGGUUUCGGGCUCGAGGGUGACGUAAAGCAACGCAGCCGGGAGGAGCAGCCGUCGAGGACGCCGACGGGGUUGGGAAGCCCCUUCAACCGGGCGAGCAGGAGAUGGUCAAAACUAACCUCAAAUUCGCCGCCGCCGCCUAAUACGUCAGAUGGCAGGUAG